AUGAGCGGGUUCGAUGACUUCUAUCACCCGCAGUAUUACUCCCUACCGGCCUCAAAUCGAGACCACGAUGACCCGCAAAACGUCCAAGACCCAGACGGCGAUCCCGUGGUAACAUCGUCUCUCAUGGGCUAUUCCCAAUCAGGCGCGUAUGAUUUCGGUCACUAUCAGACUGUCUACGAUCAGUCGCAAGAGCCCAGCGUGUUCCGGGAUGGCACCCCAAGUACGAGCACCAGCAUCACCACAGGACAUCCGACACAUGCGAACCAGUUGCAGACGCAUAAUCAGCAACCUUCGCACCCUGUGGGCUAUCCAACGCAGGGAUCGAAUCUGGAAGGCCGUCUGUCAAACGUCAACAUCUCUUAUGAUCCCUGGUCCGGCGCAGAGACUCCAAUGCCCAUGAACCCGCAUGCGGGGAGUGCAUUUCCCUACGACUUCUCGACAUAUCCAAUGCCUCCUCAGUUAACACCACAGCACAUGGGUCUGAACCCUCAAUCGACCUAUUCCACCUUUCAGACGCAGACACUAGCUCAAAACACAUACUGGGGAAUGGAUGGCUAUCAUCCUCCACAACAGGACCAACCCGUAUCACAAGGACAAUAUCAGAGCCCUCAAGUAUAUUCUCAAUCACAUGCUCCUCAGCGGACAUUGCAACCGAGGGCUAUUCAACCAAAAAAGCAACCAUUUCAAGAUAAUUUUCCGUCCAAAGUGAAAUCCGAGUCGCACAUUGAAGCCUCGCCUUAUACUAAUAUCUAUUCAACAAGUGGUUUUGAUAUACUGGGUGUUUUGGCUCGCGUAAUAUCAAGACCAGACCCAAAAAUCAACAUCGGUGCCGUCGAUUUAUCCUGUGCGUUUGUGCUCUGCGACAUAACCCAAGAUGAUCAACCAAUCGUAUAUAUGUCAGAAGCCUUUGGACGGUUAACAGGAUAUUCCGAAGAGGAGAUCGUUGGCGGGAACUGUCGCUUUCUCCAAAGUCCCGAUGGUAAAGUAGAACCUGGGACGCAACGAAAAUUCGCCGACCCCAACACGGUUUACCGAAUGCGAACAACCAUCGAAGAACGAAACGAGAUUCAAGUCAGUGUGAUCAAUUACAGGAAAGGCGGACAGCCAUUUAUGAAUUUGGUUACGAUGAUUCCUAUACGUUGGGACUCGAACGAAUAUCGGUUCUAUGUUGGUUUCCAGGUCGAUUUAGUGGAGAAGCCGGAUGCUGUCACCAAAAAGAAUCCAAAUGGAACCUACAUGAUCAAUUACCAGCGAAGCCAGUUGCCUAACUACGUGGUGCCUCCAUCUGACGUCCGCCAGAGUCAUCCUGAUCUAGCGGUACAAUUUGGCCAUGAUCAAGUGUCUGCCAUCCUGCGUUCUAUUAGCGCUUAUCGACCAGAAUACGAACACUACCUCGAUCAGAUCCUCGUUGAAAACGCAGAUGACAUCAUCCACGUCUUGUCUUACGAUGGCGUAUUCCUCUAUCUCUCCCCGUCAUGCCAAAAAGUCCUGGAGUAUGAGUCCUUCGAGUUGGUUAAUAAGUCAUUAUCAUCAGUUUGCCAUCCCAGUGAUAUCGGUACCGUCACUAGGGAUCUUCGAACUAGCACCACCACAGCUCCGAUAAGCGUGGUGUAUAGAAUCCGCAAGAAGUACAGCGGUUAUGCCUGGUUUGAGAGCCAUGGUGCAUGGCAUGUGGAGCAAGGUCGAGGACGGACAUUCCUUGUCUUGAUUGGCAGGGAACGGCCAGUGUAUCAUCUCGGACAAGUCGCUGGGUUAGGGAGUGAAGCUCUUGACGAGACAGAUGCCUGGGCCAAGAUAUCUGCGUCGGGAAUUAUUCUUUAUAUCUCCACGAAAGCACGGCCAGUCCUCGGGCGAACACAGGAUGACCUAGUCGGGACGAGCUUCAAAGACUUAUUAGGUGCGGAAAGUCACUCAGAGGUGCAACGGGCCUUGCAGAGCUCGCGAAACGGUCAGCGAGCGAUGUUUAGCCACCAAGUCCGUCAUAAGAAGGGUCAUAUGGUCCAGGCGCAGACGGUUCUGUUUCCUGGGGACACUAAAGAAGGCGCUAAGCCUUCAUUCCUUGUCGCCCAAAUGCGCUUUCCGAAAUCAUCACAGCCGUCUAGCGAGGAGCCCAUGCCAACGGAGACGACAACGUCAAUACUAGCUAGAGAUCAAACGAAGUCAACAAGUACAGACCAACAACAAACCCUCGUCAAUGCCUCCCGCGCAAACCACCUCCCCCCAGACAACCAAAACAUAUCCUCCCCAGAGCAAAUCACCAUAUUCCCCGAACUCAUCCCAACCCGCGGCUCAAGCUGGCAAUUCGAGCUCCGCAAGCUCGAAAAACGCAACCGCGGCCUCUCCGGCGAACUCCAACGCUUACUCACCCGAAGAAAAAAGCGGAAGCGGAAGCAAACGUCAAUUCCGGUGGGCAAGAGCUGCACCAUGUGUCAAACGAAGAACACGCCGGAGUGGAGGCGGGGCCCGAGCGGGAAUCGGGAUUUGUGUAAUAGUUGUGGAUUACGGUGGGCGAAGCAGGUGAGGAGUACGGCGCAGAUUGAGAGGUCGGGGUCUGCUUGA